AUGUCCAUCUACACUCCCUUUACCCGAUCCCUCAGAUCUAAACUCAUCCCCCGAUUCCAAAUCCCCAGACAACGAUGGAUCCACAGCGACCAAGGUCAAGAAUCAAUCUACACCCCCACGCAACGCACCGUCCGCUCCGCCAUCAGUAAAAUCUGCCUCGACUUUCCAGACUCAUACUGGGCCUCCCUAGACACAAAGAACCAAUUCCCCGUCGACUUUCACGCCACGCUAGCCCGCCACGGCUGGCUAGGCAUAUGUAUGCCCGAGUCCUACGGCGGGUCGGAACUUGGGAUCUCCGAGGCCGCUGUCAUGAUGCAGACCAUCGCUGAAAGCGGCGGCGGAAUGUCAGCUGCUUCCGCUAUACAUAUGAAUAUCUUUGGUCUCGAGCCCGUGGUGAAGUUUGGCACGGAGGAGCAGAAAGAACGAUGGCUGCGGCCAUUGAUUAAUGGGCAGGAGAGGGCUUGUUUUGCUGUCACGGAGCCAAACACCGGGUUGGAUACGUUGCGGUUGCAGUCCGUUGCGAGACGGAGUAAUGAUGGGAAGGGGUAUGUUUUGUCUGGGCAAAAGGUGUGGAUUUCUACGGCGCAGAAUGCGCAGAAGGUUUUGAUCCUGGUCAGAACGACAUCUAGAGAAGAGGUGGAUAAACCGUCGAAGGGGUUAUCCCUGUUUUAUACGGAUUUAGAUCCCCAGGUUGUGCAGAUGACGGAGAUUCCGAAAAUGGGCCGCGCAGCGGUCGAUUCGAAUGCGCUGUUUUUCGAGGACUGGCAUGUCCCUGUCGCAGAUCGGAUCGGGGAGGAGAAUGAUGGGUUCAAGUUGAUUCUGCGCGGGAUGAAUGCGGAGAGGAUCCUGAUCGGGGCAGAGGCGCUGGGAUUGGGAUUUGCGGCGCUGCGACGUGCGACGCGGUAUGCCGGUGAGAGAAGGGUGUUUGGACGUCCGAUCGGGAUGAAUCAGGGUAUUCAGCAUCCGUUGGCAGAAAGCUGGAUGAAGCUUGAGGCAGCCAGGUUGAUGAUUUAUCACGCUGCGAGGCUGUAUGAUCAAGGUUAUGUUGAAGGAGAGUAUGCGAAUGCAGGCAAGUUUUUGGCGGCUGAGGCGGCGUUUGAAGCUUGUGAGAGAGCGGUGCUCGCCCAUGGUGGAAUGGGAUAUGCAAAGGAGUACCAUGUAGAGAGGUAUAUGAGGGAAGUGUGGAUUCCUCGGAUAGCUCCAGUUAGUAGGGAGAUGAUUUUGAAUUAUAUUGGGCAGCGGGUGUUGGGGUUGCCAAAGUCAUACUAG